AUGGAGGGAAUUUUGCACAUAGUAGAAAAAGUAUUUGUCAGCAAAACCACACUUUUGAUUAUUAUUUUUUGCACUAACACAUUGGAUAAUAUUUUACUAACGUCAGUUGUACCCAUCAUCCCCGAGGUAAUGAUGAGUAGCGACAGAAACGAAAAAAGUGUCACAGCUAGAAAUUACAGCAUUAAGACCGACACAUUGUCCCACCACAGGAAUGCUUCACUCAGCUUUACAAAACAAUUACUCCAAGAGUCUUACAAAGCCCUGGAUGAGAAUAGUCAAGCCGGUUUACUUCUGUCCUCUAAAGCACUCAUUCAGAUUGCGGCAAAUCCUUGUGUUGGAUAUCUGUCAGAAAGAUAUGGAUACAUUAUUCUUCUUGCUGUCGGAACUUUCUUACUUUUCAUAUCUUCAGUUGUUUACGCAUGCGCAGGAACGUUUAGCUCCUUUCUUGCCGGACGACUUGCUCACGGAAUUGCAUCAUCAUUUUCAUCCAUUGCCGGGAUGAGUAUAUUGGCUGAUCUUUAUGAGAGUGACUAUGAACGAAGUAAAGUGAUGGGCGUGGCCAUGGGAGGAGUGGCUCUUGGAGUUGUUGUUGGAUAUCCUUUUGGAGGCUUUCUGUAUUCGUUUUGUGGACAAUCGUCACCAUUUAUCAUUUUAUGUAUUAUGAUUAUCGUUGAUUUUGGUGUUCAAGGUUGCAUCAUCAGUAAAGCAUAUUGGAUGCAGGUCUCCAGAAAAACAACCACUUCUAUAGUUGAGCUAAUGAAAGACCCUUUGAUACUUACCACGAGCGGAAUAAUUAUGCUAACCACAAUGGCAAUGUCGACUCUGGAACCUACAAUACCAAUAUGGAUCCUCUAUACCAUGAAGGCACAGAACUGGCAAUUAGGUUUAGUUUUCCUACCAGAUAGUAUUGGAUACCUAAUUGGAACUAAUGCCUUUGGGGUAGUCGCAAGGAAAGUAGGAAGAUGGAUAUGUUCGAUGUUUUGUAUGAUUUUAGUUGGAUUCUGCCUGAUAUGUAUUCCUUUCUCAACCUCGGUAUCCCAGCUUAUUCUUCCCCACUUUGGAAUUGGACUUGGUUUGGGUAUCGUAGAUGCAGCUUUAAUGCCACUGCUAGCCCUGUUGGUGGAUUUGCGUCAUGUGACGUCAUACGGAUCUGUUUAUGCUAUUGCCCAGUUGGCAGUCUGUCUCGCAUACGGAUUAGGACCAAUGCUUGGUGGAGAAAUAGUGAAACUUCUAGGAUUUCCGUGCUUGAUGUGGUCCUUGGGCUGUUUGCUAGUUGUAACAAGUCCUUGUUGUCUUGUACUACGCUUUGUGAAGGCUAAAGAAGAGUGUAUAUCUUUAAUGCUUGACACAGAAGAUGAACUUCUUACAAAGAGUUCUUCACUAAAGUACACAAAGCUCUACACAGAUAUUUCAGUUGAUGGAUCCUAA